AUGGAUGAUAUAUCUAGGUUAUUUGGGCUAAGUUUUUGUAUGCUUGUCGGGUGCUAUGUCGCCGGUGCUAUUCCACUCGCCUUCACGAUGUCUGAGGUAAAAAUUGUGUGAUGUUUAUUAUUUAUUCUUUUACGGGUCCUUGUUAUAUGCGAUGGCUCUGCAAUUGCUAACUAUGAUUUUUGCACACAAUUCAAAUAAUUCUCUGUAUUGAUGUUAAAAUUUGUGACAUGGUGAAAUAGGUAAACUUCAUUUAACUUAGAGAUGUAAAUGGUGUACAGUGGAGAUCGAUCUUCUAAAGACGUUAACAGCGUAAUUAAAUACGUAGCCUGAUAGUUAUUCGUUUGAUUUUUCGUGUUUUUUAAGUAGCUAAUAACAUUCUAAGUUCAAGAUUACACUUAGGCAAAAUUAUCCACAAUGCGUAGGGGCUACAUACAGAACAUUUUUUUGAAUAUGCAUUUGUUACGUGUAAUUUUAUACAGUGAGACCUCAAUGUAAUGAUACCCUUUAUAAUGAAUUAUUUGGUAUAAUGGACGAAAUUCUUUGUCCCAGUAAUGGUAAAAUGUAUUUUAAAGAACCUCAAUUUAAUGCCUUGGCCCGGCAUUGUUACAUCAAGGUUUCCAUUGUUCUGACUGGUCCAGAAGCCUUCCAUUGUGACCAUGCUUGCAUCUUUGUUAUGAUGUUUAGUUGUUUUGGGUUUUUCAAUUUCUGUUGUUAUGCGGGAGUCUACAGUACAGUGUACUUCCAUGCAGUGUGUUUCUGUGCAUCCCUUCAAUAACUGAAGACACGCAUGGAAGGUGGCUCUAAGUAACAUUUGAUCUCAUUUCAAAAUCUCCCUUUGCUUUACAAGAUAACAUAAUUGUAUUUAAAUAGAGAAUCUAGCAGUUAAUUGGACUUUACUUGACACUUUUUCCCAUCACUCCUUCUUACAUGUCAAAGUAUGAAAGGAGGAAAUAUUGAGAAAAUUUUAAAAUUGAAUAAUAAUUGACAAGAUAAACAUGCUUCAUUCUAAUUUUGUUAUUGCUUGUUUUUCCUGUUGUCUUAAACAGAAACGAUUGCGGAUGAUAAGCAUACUUGGUGCUGGUCUUUUGGUAGGCACUGCACUUGCGGUCAUUAUUCCUGAGGGUGUUCAUGCUUUAUAUGAAUCACAGGAACAUGGUGAGCUCCAUUGCAAACUGAGGGCUGGAAAAAAAAAAACUUGAAUUGCUGCUCGUCCUUUGGGCAAGCAGCUCUCACAUUUUGCUUGUUGUGGCUAAUGAUUUAGUUGGAGGAUGACUUGCCUCACUCCACUGCCUUUGUGCAAGUUAGCUUUAAAAGUUACUUGCCCAGUAAGAAAAUCUACUCAUCCCACACUACUCGAAGAUAAUUUUUUUAAGCCCUGUUAUUACUUUCCUUUAGUAAAGAUAUGUAUUUAGAAUGUGGGGCCAAUAAUUUCCUACAGCAUAAUACUGCAUACCCAUUACCAAGAAGUCAUUGAUUUAUUUAGCUUUGCCAGAUAUGGCCAAGACCACAGCAGAUUGCAACAAUCACUGUUGACCUGAAACAAUUCCUUCCCUAAACAGCCAAAAAAGAAUCAUGUAGCUGGUCAGGGAGGCAACACCACUGGGGUUUUUAUCCCCUGCACAUUUGGAAUCAUGGCAGUGGAAGAAGGAUCAUGAAGCUUAACUCUGUCCUGUGUAGUUGAUGCAAUAGGGGGACACAUUCUUAAAAAAUAAUCACAAUCGAUGUGACCUGUUCAGGUUGUCCUUUGUUUUCUUUCUUUUUUAUUAACCCAGGUUGGUGAUUGCAGGUUUGAAACUAAAAUUUUCGAGCACUCGCCAUCAUGUUAUGAGUGGGUGAUAUUAGUGGAAAAAAAAAGAUAGUCCCCUCCUCAGGGCAGGGAAGUUCACUCACCAAUGCCCAGGUUUUUGUUUAAGUUCAUCCUUCAUGUAACAAUCAUCAGAGCAGAAACCGUUUUAUCUGUUUACAAAUUAACCUGUUUUUAAAAAAUACAAACCAGGGUUGAUGGACAUUUCAGAAUGGUAAGCUUUUAAAAAAGGUUAGAUUAUUUUUGAGUGGAAAUUGAAAAGUGAAGUGAACUUUGAAUACAUAUAUAUUGUGUAUAUGAAUAAUGUACUCGGCAAACCAGGAGAGUGAUCCUUAAUUUUUACUCUGACAUCCGCCUGCUUUGGAACUCGCCUGGGUGAGUGGGUGAGUUCCAAUGCUCAUCCCUGUGAUUUAACCAUAUCAUUUCUUCACACCUCUCUUUUAUCUUUGACCUUAUACAUUCUACUUUAAAAUUUGCAUUUAAAAUAUUAUUGUUUCUGCGGUUAACUUUCAUGUUGUAGAAUUUAUUUAUGUUUUUCCUUUAAAGGACAUGCUUCCCACACCCACUCAGAAGACAAAGCUGCAGAAGCCUCUCAUUCUCUGGAAGAUACAAGCAAAGUUCAUUCACACGUAGAUCUUUUGAAGCAUCAAAUCUCUCAGGUUGAACCUGAUGUAUUUAUAGGGCUUUCCUUGGUCUGUGGCUUUGUAUUUAUGUUGCUAAUCGAUCACAUCAGUGGCGGUCAUUCACAUGCGCCCUCUGGAUCACAAGGUAAAUGAUAAUAAUAAUCUUAAAUCCAACUAGUGGUCUAUUAUUAAUGCUGCGUUCUGAUUGGUUGAGCUACUACUAGGAUAUAUGUUAUAGCCCACUAGUAGCAAAAAGCACUGGCUUUGAAAACCAAAACAAUGGUGGCUGAAUCAAGUUUUGCUCGCUGAAGUUGUUUUGUCGCAAUAUUUUUGACCAACUAGUUGGAUUUUACUAAAACAAUUAUUCCUCUCACCCUCAUGGCCUCUAAGUCAAUAGCCCAUGAGUCAUCCAAGUCAUUCCAAAUCUUUACUGCCCUAUAGGCGAAAGAUUGUUGCCCGGAAGCUGUUUUGAAAAGCUGGAUUUUGUUCUCUGUAAUAAGUCAUAGCAAAGGUAACUAGGUGCAAGAUUAUUAGCGCAUUUGAAAGUCAUAACAGCAUCUCUAAGGUAUAACUGUUUUUUUUAACAGGAAGCCAGUUAAUCUGGUACAAAAGUGGGGUUACAUGACCCUUUUUCUCUUGAUCCGGUAAUUAUCUUAGAACCAAGUUCUGAAUUGGCUUAAAGUUUUCUUUAAGUUAGCGGCGGAAGUAUUCGACCAGACUGUGGUGUUAAUAAAACAUCUUGCUGAACACUAGUGAUGUGAUCAUUAUUGAAAGUGUUUCCUUACCGAAGCAAAGUGAUGCUGUGUCCAUGAAGCUGUUUCAACUGUAUUGCAGUCGUUCUGUAUAAAUAUUAUUGAAGGGGUAGACACAAGUCCACCACUUGCAAAGGUUAUUGAACUCAUGAUCACAUGGUGAUUACACAUUGUACAAAAUGUGUUGGCCUGUAUACGUGUGGUGUGUUGGGUGUGGAUUGUAGUGGAGUUGGUUAGUGUGGCUUGGUAUUUUCUGAUAUUUUCUUUUAAUCUUCAUUAAAUACACUUUAAUGGGAAAAAAAAAAGACUUUUACAGCUUCACCCAUUACAUGGUACAAUGUUGUCCUUUUCAGGGUCUACUUUAGACACAUUUACUUUUGCAUAUUUUAUAGAAGAGCAGAAAUCUAGUUUGGUGCUUUUGUGUGCUGGAAUUCGUCUUGUAACUGUUUAUUUAUUUAUUUAUUCAUUUUAAUAAACUUCGCCAAGAGGCUGGGAUCACCCAGAGCAAGCUCCUCUACAAGGUCAAGAAAAACUGUACUGGUAUAUCGGGGUAUUCCUCGGUCACAACCUACCUUAAUACACCGUUGACUCUUUUUUUUUGUAUUGCAGGUGGAGAUCUAGAAAGCAAUGGUAGACAGAGACAUAGCAAAAUCACUGCCACGGUUGGCUUGGUUGUCCAUGCUGCUGGUUAGGAUAUGUGUUAUUAUAAAUACAAUUUAGUACUUUCAUGCUCUAAAGCCCCACUCAAAUGGUCAUCGCAAUCUGUAUAACAUCAGAUGGGCAUCAAAAACUUUUUCUAACUCCUCUACCUAUGACUAUACUUUAUUAAUUGUGUGAUUUUUAACAAUUAAUGAAUGAGGCUGAGUAUCUUAUGAAGAAUUUUGGAGAUCGAGGAGGGUGUUAUCCGUCGAGGCCGUAGGCCAAGGCGGAUAACACCCUCCGAGAUCUCCAUAAUUCUUCAUAUGAUACAAAAGCCGAAUUCAAUAAUUGUUUUAUUAUUUGUUCAAAAUAAUUCCUAGUUUAAAAACAUGGCUAAAACAUGCUUACCUCCAUUGAUCCAUUGAUGUUAAGUUCAUCUUCAAUAGUGUACGUGUAGGGUUGUUCAGCUCCGCAAAUAUUCUCCAUAUAGCAGAUGUCGCCCUUCGAGUUUUCUUCUUGCUGUUCGUGCCAUGUUUUCAGCUAUUUUUUCGCUUAGUUCUUACUCUUGAAAUGAGUGAAAUGUCCGCCAUUUUUCAAGUUCACAAACAAAACAACUCAACCUCAUCCCCAGGUCUUCUCGGUUAACGGUGCAUUAACCUGCAAGAACGCUGCAUUUUUGACGUCAUUUCCUCGCUAAACACAAAAUUCUUCCAAAUUUGGUCAUCAGAAACUGGUUAUGGUGAAUUAAACGCGUGCUGUUAGCCAAACAGAAUCGGGGAAAUAUUUUGAAUGAAUAAUAAUGUAAAUUAAACAGUAAGAUUGUUAGUUGUUGUUUUUGCAGCGGAUGGUGUGGCAUUAGGGGCCGCUGUGUCUACAUCCAAAACAGAAGUGGAAGUGAUUGUAUUUGUAGCAAUCAUGUUACAUAAGGUGGACAAUGAUUUUCAUUUUUUAUUUUUAUUAUUAAUAUUUUAUAUAUAUAUAUAAAUAAUAAUAAUAUUUGGUACUGGUAAUUGUAAUGGUUUGAACAUAUUUUUUGUAGGCACCAGCUGCAUUUGGUCUUUCAACGUUUCUUCUUCAUGAAGUGAGU